GAGGUAUAUUGUUUGAUAUAUCACAUACAGCCGGCUCGCCGGCGUCCUUCAGUCAAUAAAACUGAUAUCGGGUAUUUGUUUUUAUAGCAAGAUCACAUUCAGAAAAAUAAAAAGUCUAUAAAUAUUUCAUACAUUAUGAGUACAAAUACGAAGAGGACUAUUUACGUAGGAGGAUUAGCCGAGGAAGUUGAUGAAAAAAUAUUGCAUGCAGCAUUUAUACCUUUUGGUGAGAUAGUUGACGUGCAAAUACCACUAGAUUAUGAAUCAGAAAAACAUAGAGGAUUUGCUUUUAUUGAAUUUGAAAGCGCAGAAGAUGCAGCAACAGCAAUUGAUAAUAUGAAUGAUUCUGAGUUGUUUGGACGAACAAUAAGAGUAAAUAUUGCAAAACCACAAAAAAUAAAGGAAGGUUCAUCAAAACCUGUUUGGGCCGAUGAUGCAUGGUUACAAGAGCAUGCAGGUGAAACACUUAAAAGCGAUGAUAAUGGAAAAUCAGGUGAUACAGUUCAAUGCAAAAAAGGAAAACAAAAUCCUCAAGUAUAUUUUGAUGUUACUAUUGGAAAACAAGAAGUAGGCAGAAUUAUUAUGAUGUUAAGAGCUGAUAUAGUACCUAAAACUGCUGAAAAUUUCCGUGCUCUUUGUACACAUGAAAAAGGAUAUGGAUAUCAAGGAAGUACUUUUCACAGAAUUAUUCCAGAAUUUAUGUGUCAAGGUGGAGAUUUCACAAAUCAUAAUGGGACAGGAGGCAAAUCAAUUUAUGGAAAUAAAUUUGAUGAUGAAAAUUUUGAAUUAAAGCACACUGGACCUGGUACCCUAUCAAUGGCAAAUUCUGGUCCAAACACAAAUGGAUCUCAAUUCUUCAUAUGUACUGCACGUACAGAUUGGUUAGAUGGAAAACAUGUAGUAUUUGGACAUGUUUUGAGCGGUUUAGAUGUUCUAAAGAAGAUGGAAAAAUGUGGGACAAAGUCAGGAACUCCUACUCAAAAAGUUGUGAUAACAGCUUGUGGAGAGUUAACUUAAAUAAUUUAUAAAACUUAUUUUGUAAUAAUUAUGAAAUAAAUAAAUUUAAUAUGAAUUAAA